GAGGGCACAAGUAAAGCCUGGUGGCCCGCCAGGCUUAUAAAACCCUGAUGAUUUGUACACAAUGUGGGGGGCUUUUUGAUGCUGACGGCACACUCAUACUAAACCCCGAUCGCUAUAAAAUAAUACAACAUAUGACAUUAAAUGUUUUUAUUUUUAAUGGUCUGAAAUUUGAGUAAAAUGUUUGGACGUUAAUAAUUGACAAUGUGUAGGAAUCAUGCAGGAUUUCCUGAUUGUGCCAGUAACCAUCCUGGUUUUGGUCAAAGGGUGCCAUCCUCUGCCGUCGAGGCGAAAUAUUGAAGCUUCUUCUCAGCACUUAGGGUCAUUUAGAGGAGCUUUUCUCAAAAAGCUUGGAGGCUGUCCAAAUAAUGGUCCCUAAAUGAGCAAUUGUCUUCACUCAGCUUUCUUCAGGAACGCUUGUUUCUGCUGACUGCGAAAUAAAACCUUCUCCUGCUCUUUCAUCUUCGGAUGAGACACUCCAAUGACCGCAGAGACUUCCGCGGUACGCAGAAACGGCUGCUAAAAAAUGAAAUUCUCACACUCGCAUCUCUAGAAAUAAUAUCUUGAGACCUUCUUCAGAGUUGGAGCGUUUGAGCAGCUGCCAAGCAGCUGUCAGGAUGUGUCAGGAGCCCCCUGUUUAACAGAAGGCAGCUUUAGGGGAGGAAAUGAUUACUGUUUGUCUGUGUUAUCAGCUCUCCGAAGACGGAAAGUGUGACUUUUUCUCAUAGGACUCAAGUGAGACUCUCAAGGGGAAUUGCUAAGUCUGAAUUAACAUUCACACCCCGAGACAUUUGCUUACUUCCUAGUGCUUCAGAUUUGAGAACAAGCACCCGAGCUUGUAGAGAUUAACUCAGUUAGAGCAGAAAUUCAGUCCCACUUGCUCAUUAUCUUCUUCCACUGAUCCAUGUUGCACUUGCUCUGCUCUCUGUGUCUUGGAGGAGGAUGAAAUAUUCACCAGGAGAGCUGUUGUUUUCCCAGAGGAGCCCCCAUCUUUACCUCGCAUGCCCUGUCCCGCUUCCCGUCCGCUCAACCUUUCCGAGCCCUCUCUCCGUCCUCCUCACGGUCUCGGCGAUGGAGCCCUUGUUAAAUUAUGCAUGCGUUAUGUGAAUUAUAUCCUGUAGUUUUUCAUCAAGCAUUGUUCAGUCCUCCUUCAGUUUUCUGCUAAUGGUAUCUAAAAAUGGGCUUCGGGAGGUUUCCAUUUAUUGGUUUCUAUUUUUAGCGCUCCUUCUCGUUUUUAUCUGUCGCUUUCAAAUGUUUUUAAAAGCUCCAGAGGAGGAAAGGAAAAUAGGAGUCGCAGACCAAUGAAAGUGUUAUAUAGACCCCGUGUUUUCAGUGGGGCUUGAGCCGAGCAGGAGUCCGUUGCAGAGAUUGUAAAAGUUCCUCUGGGGAUUAAGCGAGCGCCAGACAUCAAAUGUGUCUUAAAAGGAACAUAAGGGACCCCGUUUACGAACGCCAGCUAACAUCUGCUCCUCCAUAUUGACCAUAUAUCCCCUGUGUGUCUUUCUAUUACAUGUUGUACAAGUAUCAGAGGAGCCAGUGAGAUGGGCCAAGUGCUUUGGGAAAAGGAAUGAGAUAUAUCAUCGUCUUUCAUUUCAGUGACUUUUCCACCAUGUAAACCAAUGUUUACAUGAGAGAUGAUGAAAUGAACGAACGGUGGGUUGUGGUAACCUGCGAUUGUUUUACCUACCGAGACAACAGACUUGAUGUCAGUUUUUGUGUAGCUUCAAGGUGCAUUGCGCAGGACAGUCGAGGCUGCAUUGUUUUAGUUUUCUGGCUUUUUCUAGUUUAAAGAGAACAAAAAAGCUUAAGAACAUUUCCUUUCUAGUGCUUUUGCAUAUAGUGAAAAUGAUUUGGUCUUCAGCAAUCUAAAUCUAAUCGCAUGUAUAUGAAAAAAUCCACAACAGAUUUCUAAACAAAACCGAGGAACGUUGUGUGGAAAAAUUAAUUAUAUCCUGUUUGUUUUCACUAGAUUUAGAAGGGAAAGUUUUUCUUUUGCACUUUUUCUUUGGUCAUAGCAGAUUUGUUGCCACCUCUGUAGAAGCACUUGCUGUUCUGGAACGGGUGGAAAUACUAAAGCACAUCAGCAAGUAGUUUAAGGAAACAAUUUUCAAUCUGGCAAAAGUCACAAGACCAUUUCCAACCAACCCGAAGUUCUUCAUGCUACAACGACAGUAGUCAUUCACCAGUGGAAAACAUUUUAGGCAGCUACCAGCCUUCCCUGGAGUGUAUUUUCCAGCAAAGCAGCACCCUUUUCAGACUAUGCAGAGCACAGAGAAACUGCAAAAGACCCAGGAGAUGCGAAGGCCUUGAUCAUUUUUCAGUUUUCAGUCUGAAAAAAAGGCUGAAAACUGGUCCAAGUUUCCAAAUGUUUGGCCAAUGCUUAGAUGAAAAACCAAUCUUAUCUACCAACCUCCUUAAAUGUCUGAAAAUCGACCACUGUCCCUUUUUGCUCUUUUGUGAGACAGACCCGCCCACCAGGCCUGGCUUUUUACCAGGACAAAAUCCUUUUUCUCUCAAAAGAAUAUGACAGCACAAUUUCUUUUUGCAUCUGAAUUAGUUAUAAGCAGAGGAGAUAUGAAACUAAAGUAGAGAUGUUCAAUGUUUCAUGAAAAGUGAGGUUUCCAGGCACAGUGGUGGAGGGGUGAUGAUUAAUUAACUUGAUGUCAAAGUUGUCUGGAGAUAAACGCGAGAAAAUCAAUCCAAAAGUCAACACUUUAAUUUCCACAUUUAACAAAGCAGUGUCGUACAGAAGGCAAUUCCAUAGUUUUUCACAAAUUGCUUUUCUAUUUUAGCUUGUUCUGUGUCUAGUAAAUAAUGACAGUUGUAGUACGCCUUAAUGUGUAAGAAAAGUGUGAGACUAAAGCUAGACUGCGUCUUUUUCCCGGCUGCCUCUGCUUCCACGGAGAAUUUUAAAGUUGCUACGUUAGACGAAGGAGCGAGAAAAGUCAUUUCAGUUAAAGUGGAAAAACAUCCGAGGACGCGGCUCAGGCAGAUUCCUGUCCUGUGGUUUAAACUGGAUUCGCUGGUCAUGUGACUUAAGGAGUGCUUCUCUGCUGCCCCCUGGUGACCAUGUGGAGCGUGAGCGCUGUGAUCCUGGCCCUGGCCGCCGUCGCCCUCGGCUCAGCAGACCCCGACACGCAGAGAUUGCGACACGACUCCAACUUGGAGAUCUACAAGCGGCUGUUUGAGACGAAGAGGAAAGAUCAGCUGAACGCCCUGAAGAACCUCGUGGAGCUGAACGACAUCAACCAGCAGUACAAGAUCAUAGACAUCAUGCUCAAGGGGCUUUUCAAGGUGUUGGAGGACUCGAGACAAAUCCUAGUGGCAGCUAACAUGCAGCCUGAUGCCCCCUUCCCUCUGGAUGAUAAGAUCAAAGAAGCUUACUCCCAUGUGGUGGAGAACACGGCGUUUUUCGGCGACGUGGCGCUGCGCUUCCCACGCAUUGUCCACCACUACUACGACCGCAACGCCGACUGGGGAGGGCUGCUGCGCUGGGGGCUGAAUUUCUGCAACCAGACCGGAGUUUUCACAGGAGGAGCCCACCAGCAUGUCCUCACACUCAUGUCACAGGAGCUGGGAAUCACGGAGAAAUCCCCAGAUUUUAUAAAUCCAUACCGCACAGAGAGAGACGACGUUCUUCACACGGCCGAAGCUUUCCAGAAGAUCCUGAGGGAGGAGGAGAAGAGGAGGAGGAAGGAGGAGAAGAGGAAAGAAAUCCGGAAAGGCCCCCGCAUCUCCCGCUCUCGCUCCGAGCUAUAGCGCCACCCCUCGGCGGUGGCGAGGAGCAAGAGAACAGGAGCGGGAGGAUCUGGUGGAGCAAACACAGGAGUCCAAACGGAGUAGCCCGACAUGCAGAACUGCGACGACGGUGAAGGAAACAAAAGCUGCUGUCAAUUGUACCAUACAGAAGGGAAGGCGCUCCGGCGGAAAGAACAGAGGAGCCGUCGCUGUGACACGAUAACGCGUUUAUUCAGAGGUUAGUCAGGUUCUGAUCGAGGCUCGACAUCAGCGCCGAUGUCUAAUUGGAGAAUCUAACUCUGUCCUCCAGGAGGAUUCUGGGAAAACAACGGAAAGUCAAACUUCCAGAGGCGGACGGAUUUAUUGGCACGCCUGGUAAAGAUGUGGAAAAGCAUCUUUUAUCCGACACUAGAAAAACCUGGUUCAUGCUCAAACCUGCUUGGAGUGUUUGUCGCUGAAAUCCCAAACUCAGCUUCCAGUUAAAGUCCGAGCAUGUUUACAUUUGUGAUGUUAGAACCUAAAAAGCCCUUUUCUUGUUCACUCCCAAACAAUUGGAAACAGUUCAUUGAAAUUGAUCAAUUAAAAAAAAUCAAAGUAUAAGAAAUUCUUUUUGCGUACUUGAUUUAAAGAGAUCGCUACAAGCACCAAUAUUUGUCCUCUGUUGAUUUUGUUAGAGUUAUAAACUGAAUAAUAAAAUUUAGCAACCUUUUCUUAGUGCUAGAUCAUACUGUUGCGUUUAAAAAUAUAAAUUUAAAGCAAUAUACACAUCUUUACCUGGUGAGCCAACAGAUUUUCCAGUUUCCUGCACUGUAUUGGGUUAUAUGGCUACUGAACUUUGACAUAUUAUUCAUUUAAAAAGUUUACUUCUGAACUUUACAAACCCCUAAAUGUAUUGUCUGGUCCACAUCUAAUAUGUGUAAAACCCCAUAUGCUUUAAAUAUGUGUCGUUAUUUAAACAAUUAUAAAUUUGACCUCAUUUAACCUUGGCCUGUUUUGUCAUUUUGAGAGGUACCUUUUUUUUCUUUUAUAUUUUUUUUUUGUAAAAAUGAAAAAUCUCCCUGUAAUUGCUGCUUAAAGUUGUGGGGAUGGCUCUUAUUUUGUUUGCUUGAAAAAAAACCCUUUAUGAUGUUUUUAUUAUUUUGAAGGGGAUCACCUCCAUUUGCAUUCUUUUUUUUUUCUUUUUACCUUGUAUUUGUUUGUGCUUAAAAGAUUAUUAACAUUUCUUUCUUUCUGUUCCAUCAGAAUAUAAAUUGUGGGCCUUCACCUUGUCUCUGUUAAAAAUGUUUCUUGUUAUCUUACCUGACAGUUUUCCAUAAUUUAAUGCUUUAUAUCUAUGAAACUGAAGAUCGGUGUAAUUUUUAAAGUAGUUGAGCGACUGUUAUAAAAAGUUAUAUGUAUAUUCAGAGAAGCGAUAUCAUUGCUGCAAGACCAACAAGCCAUUUUGUUGAGACAUAUGAAAUAAAGUGAUUCUGAUAUGUCCU